CGCACGGCAUACUGUGUAGGGGAAGGUCACAGUGGUUGUUCCUCUACCAAUAUGGCAGCGGCCUUAUGUCAUUGUUACCGGGUGUGCAUGUCUAGCAGACAUAUAGUCCUAUCUGCAAGAUAUCCAUUGUCUGUGACGAAUAAUGGUAGUGUUUAUCGGUUAUGCCGACCCGCCUCAGAGUCCCAGCAGCUGCGGUACUAUGCAUCGGAAGGUAGGAGAGGAUUUCUUGCUGGGCUCCUAGACAAUAUUAAGCAAGAGCUGUCGAAAAACAAGGAAAUGACAGAAAAUAUAAAAAAAUUCAGGGAAGAGGCAAAGAAGCUUGAAGAAUCUGACGCUCUGCAGCAAGCUCGCAGAAAAUUUAAAACUAUUGAGUCGGAGACAAUGAAAACAUCUGAUGUGUUCAAAAAGAAAUUGGAAGAGUUAUCGGGCACUGUCAAGGAGGGCCUUGAUGAAGUCAGCAAGAGUGACCUUGGCCGCAAGAUUCGGGAAGGGGUAGAAGAAGCAGCCAAAACUGCCAAACACUCAGCGGAGUCAGUCUCAAGAGGAGGAGAGAAACUUGGCAAGACAGCUGCAUUUAAAGCCUUUUCUCAGGGCGUAGAGACUGUCAAAAAAGAAAUUGACGAAAGUGUUCUUGGAGAGACUGGACCAUAUCGCCCACCUUCUCGGCUAAGAAAAAGAAGUGAAUUCUCUGGAGAUGGAGCCAAAGGACAGAAGAUAUUUGAAGCUAAUGAAGAAGCUAUGGGUGUUGUGUUGCAUAAGGAUUCCAAGUGGUACCAACAGUGGAAAGAUUUCAAGGACAACAAUGUGGUAUUUAAUAGAUUUUUUGAGAUGAAAAUGAAAUACGACGAAAGUGAUAAUGCCUUCAUUAGAGCAUCACGCACAAUUACAGACAAAGUCAGCGACCUUAUAGGUGGGCUGUUUUCCAAGACAGAAAUGUCUGAAGUCCUGACAGAGAUCCUGAAAGUUGACCCGAGCUUCGACAAGGAUAAGUUCCUAAAACUGUGCGAGAGAGACAUUAUCCCCAACAUACUGGAGGCCAUGAUUAGAGGUGAUCUUGAUGUCCUUAAAGACUGGUGUUAUGAAGCAACAUAUAGUCAGUUGGCUCACCCUAUCCAACAAGCCAAAACUAUGGGCCUACUAUUCCAUUCUAAGGUUCUGGAUAUAGACAAUAUUGACCUGGCUAUGGGAAAGAUGAUGGAGCAAGGACCUGUUCUCAUUAUAACAUUCCAGGCGCAGCUUGUUAUGGUAAUCAGGAAUCAGAAGGGUGAAGUCAUAGAAGGAGACCCUGACAAAGUGUUACGGAUGCUGUAUGUAUGGGCUCUGUGCCGAGAUCAAGAUGAACUUAAUCCAUAUGCAGCCUGGAGACUUUUAGAUAUAUCCUCAUCUGCCUCUGAACAAAUCCUUUGAGAGCUGACAAUCAUUCUGGAACUAGCUUCUGUGCCUCUCCCUCAUGCCACAGAAAAUCAGGGAGUCUGAAGGGGUACUGAUAUUCAGAUUCACCCUUCUAUAAUGCUAGUUACUCAAAGACGCUAAAACUUUCUCCUUUCGUGAGAGAGUACCGUUUAUUGCCAUAUUGGUUAGAACAGACUGCAUCAAUGUGAAGAAACACAUGUUAUUCAUUUAUUGUCUGACUAGUCCAUAAAGUAAUUGUUCCUAAGCUCAAUAAAUUGAUGUCAGUGCCAUGUAUAUGGAUGUCCAUCUCCAAGGACCAAAAUCUACUAAUAUUGGCGAUGUGUUUGAAGGAUGAAUGCUCCCUAGAACUAAACUAUGUUUAUUUACUGAGACAUGUUUAAAGACUAAUUACUUUGUUGAUAAAUAAUUCCUAAACUUUAAAUGUUGACUUAAACUUAAA